AUGGCCGCCCCUGCCAACCCCGCUGCUGUUGAUCAGCUUACCUCAGACCUCGCCAACGCCAGCAUCAAUGGAGGUGACAAGACCACAGUCAACACCAAUGUCGGCGCCUCCUUCACGGGCGAGGAGAUUGACACGGCCGGUCCGACCCCCUCGUCUGCCGCCCCCCACCCCCAAGCAUCGGCAUCCCUCUACGUUGGCGAGCUUGACCCCUCUGUCACUGAGGCGAUGCUCUUUGAGCUCUUCUCCCAGAUCGGCUCUGUCGCAUCCAUCCGUGUAUGCCGCGACGCUGUCACUCGUCGCUCUCUCGGCUACGCCUACGUAAACUACAACACGACUGCCGAUGGCGAGAAGGCUCUCGAGGAGCUCAACUACACCCUGAUUAAGGGCCGCCCUUGCCGCAUCAUGUGGUCGCAACGCGACCCUGCCCUGCGCAAGACCGGUCAGGGCAACGUUUUCAUCAAGAACCUGGACGUCGCCAUCGACAACAAGGCUUUGCACGACACUUUUGCAGCUUUCGGUAACAUUCUGAGCUGCAAGGUUGCCCAGGAUGAGAAUGGCAACUCGAAGGGCUAUGGUUUCGUUCACUACGAGACUGAUGAGGCUGCUUCACAGGCCAUCAAGCAUGUCAACGGUAUGCUCCUCAACGAGAAGAAGGUCUACGUUGGCCACCACAUCCCCAAGAAGGACCGCCAGAGCAAAUUCGACGAGAUGAAGGCCAACUUCACCAACAUCUACGUGAAGAACAUCAACCCCGAAGUUACUGACGAGGAGUUCCGUGCUCUGUUCGAAAAGUUCGGCGAUGUCACAUCGUCAUCACUUGCUCGUGACCAGGAGACUGGAAAGAGCCGUGGCUUCGGCUUCGUCAACUUCACUUCCCACGAGGAUGCCUCCAAGGCUGUGCAGGAACUUAACGAGAAGGAGUUCCAUGGCCAGAACCUCUACGUCGGCCGUGCGCAAAAGAAGCACGAGCGCGAGGAGGAGCUGCGCAAAUCUUACGAGGCCGCCCGCCAGGAGAAGGCCAGCAAGUACCAGGGUGUCAACCUCUACAUCAAGAACCUGGACGAUGAGGUCGACGAUGAUAAACUUCGUCAACUUUUCUCCGAGUUCGGGCCCAUUACCUCGGCAAAGGUUAUGCGCGACAGCGUUGCUGAGCCUGGCGAGGAGGGUGAGUCCAAGGAGGGUGAGGAUAGCGAGAAGAACAAGGAGAACAAGGCUGAGGAGAAAGAAGGCGAGGAUUCCAAGUCCGAGGAGAAGGAGGGCGAGGACUCCAAGCCCAAGCCGAAGCUUGGUAAGAGCAAGGGAUUCGGCUUUGUUUGCUUCGCCAACCCCGAUGAUGCCACCAAGGCUGUCGCUGAGAUGAACCAGCGCAUGGUUAACAACAAGCCGCUGUAUGUUGCUCUGGCUCAGCGCAAGGAUGUUCGCAAGAACCAGCUCGAGCAGAGCAUUCAGGCUCGCAAUCAACUCCGUAUGCAGCAGGCUGCGGCUGCUGCGGGUAUGCCCCAGCAGUACAUGCAGGCUCCUGUUUUCUACGGACCUGGCUCCCAGCCUGGCUUCAUGCCCCCUGCUGGUGGCCGCGGUAUGCCCUACCCCCAGGGUGGCAUGCCGAUGCAGCCUGGCCGUCCCGGUCAGUUCCCUGCCGGCUUCGCUGCCCAACAGGGCGGACGCGGCGCCAUGCCACAAGGCAUCCCACCCAUGUACGGCCUCCCCGGCCAGUUCCCUCCCCAGGGUCCGUUCCCUCAGCCCAACAACCCACAAUUCAUUGCCGCCAUGCAGCAAAUCCAGCAGUCAGCCCUCGCUGGCGGUCGCGGCGGUCCCGCCGGACGCGGGCCCAUGCAGGGGGGUGUGCCUGUUCCUGGCAUGCCUGGCGGUGCUGGCCUUCCUGGCUUCCCUCCCAACGCUAGGCAACAAGGUCCGGGUGCUGGACGCGGAGCUGCCGCUGGCCGUGCCCCUGCCGGUGCCCCCGCCGGCGCUCGUGGUGCUGGUGCUCCUGAGGGUCUCCAGGGCCAGCUGGCCGCUGUGGCUGAUAACCCUGGCCAGCAGAAGCAGAUCCUUGGCGAGGCCAUCUUCCCCAAGAUCCAGGCUAUCCACCCGGAGCUCGCGGGCAAGAUCACUGGCAUGCUUUUGGAAAUGGACAACAACGAGCUCGUUGCCCUUGUUGAGAACGACGGUGCUCUGCGGUCCAAGGUUGACGAGGCUUUGGCUGUCUAUGAUGACUACGUUCGCCAGCAGGGUGACGGUGAGGGCGCCCAGGCCCCGGGCAAGGAAGAGAAGACUGAGGAGAAGGCCUAA